CAUGCAGUCUGAGACCUUCAGUCAAGGUUGAACUGAUAAAAACUCUCAAAUAAGCACUGCACCCUCAAACUACGAGAAAAGCAGCGCAGUUGUACGUGAUUUAAACAACAAAACACUGAGGAAAGCGGCACGUUUAUGCUGGAGGAACGUUUAAUCGGAGCAUUUGUUCAUCACGGAAAACUUAAAGUGGUGCACACUAACAGAAGUAAGAGCAGUUCAUUUUUAGCUUAAAUUUGACUUUUUACUAAGGUCAUAUUAUGUUUGUUUAAUGCCUCGCUUGUUUUAAAAUCCAGUAUUAUUUAGUACACGCGACGUUUGAUUGAAAUGCCUCAUUUAAAGCGGUUUAAUUUGCGAUGUGCACAUAGCUGUCACACCACUUAAAGAUAACAGUUUCUUAAGUCUCAUAUAUGUUUGCACUUAACAACUUUAAACUGGAGCUGUUUGUGGUCUAAAUGAACACAAUGCUGUGGAAAUUCGUGCGUUCUGAAGCAGGCGGAGGAAAAUAAAAUGCGCACACACUUAAUACAGAGGUGUUAUUGUUAUUUUUUUUUAAUCAUGAAGUUUCAGAAAUGAACAAAUGAAUUCAGCCCCACGGGUGUGACCCAAGAGCACGCGCCGAGGGAUCAGAGUUGCUUCAUAAGCUGCUUUUGGGUUCAUAACGAGGCAUUGUUGGAAUUGGGACUAUAUUUACUUCAUUUCAUCGGAUGAAGAUGAUGAUGAACAUUAUGAAAGGGUCUCUGAUGAAGAUCCACACGCUGUCGCGCGCAUCCCGGUGUCUGCUUGCUGAUGGCGGUGUGCGUGGGCUGUCUUCAGUGUCUGCGAGAGUGUGUGUGGUGGGUGGAGGACCUGCAGGUUUUUACACGGCACAGCAGCUACUGAAGGCUCGACAGGAUGCAGUUGUAGACAUUUACGAGCGCCUGCCGGUGCCGUUUGGAUUGGUGCGCUUUGGGGUUGCACCUGAUCACCCUGAGGUUAAGAAUGUCAUUAACACUUUCACCCAGACGGCCCAGCAUGAAAGAUGCAGCUUUCAUGGUAACGUGAAUGUGGGGAAAGAUGUGACCAUUGAGGAGUUAAGACAAGCGUAUCAUGCUGUAGUACUGAGUUACGGAGCUGAGGGAAACCGGUCUAUGGGAAUUCCAGGAGAAGAUCUUUGCAAUGUGUUUUCAGCUAAAGACUUUGUUGGAUGGUACAACGGGGUUCCCAGCAAUACGGAGCUGUGUCCUGAUCUCAGCUGUGAGACGGCUGUGGUUCUCGGACAGGGAAAUGUGGCUCUGGAUGUGGCCCGAAUACUCCUCUCGCCUGUGGACAUGCUGAAGGAAACGGAUAUUACCCAGAAUGCUCUGGAAGCAUUGACGGGCAGUAAUGUGCGCAGGGUUUUGAUCGUAGGUCGCCGAGGUCCUCUUCAGAUUGCGUGCACUAUCAAGGAACUCAGAGAGAUGGUGAAUCUGCCAAACACAAGAGCCGACAUGCUGCCCGCAGACUUUGAGGGCAUCGCAGAAGCUUUGAAAGAGCUCCCGAGACCUAGAAAGAGACUGACGGAUUUAAUGAUGAAGGCCGUGAAGGAGGGAGGAGAUGAAAAACUUGAGAAGUCCUGGGGUUUUCGCUUCUUUCGCAGUCCUGUGGAGGUUCUCGCAGGGGUUGAUGGGAAAAAAGCUGCAGGAGUCCGACUAGCCCUUAAUAAACUGGAGGGUGAGGGUGAAGGCGCGCGGUCAGUGCCCACCGGUCAGCUCGAGGAUGUGGACUGUGGUCUGAUCAUCAGCAGUAUUGGUUAUAAAAGCCUCCCUAUCGAACCCACUGUGCCCUUUGACCCCAGAAAAGCCAUCGUGCCCAAUGACAUGGGAAGAGUGCAGGACGCUGAAGGUCUGUACUGCAGUGGCUGGGUGAAGCGAGGGCCCACCGGUGUGAUCGCCACCACCAUGAAUGACAGUUUUGAUACGGCGCGUGUUAUAAUUCAGGACAUGGAGACUGGAAAGCUGGAUGUUUCAGUCAACAAACCAGGAGCAGAGGCCAUAACUGGACUUCUGCAGACACGAGGAGUGAGAAUGGUGCUUUUUUCAGAGUGGGAGAAGAUUAAUGCAGAGGAGGAGAGGAGAGGAAAAGCGCUGGGAAAACCCAGAGAAAAACUCCUGGAUGUUGAGAAAAUGCUGAAGAUCGCCUGGUCCUGAGAUUCUCCCGUCUGAAACACUCCCAGAGUAAAACAAUCUACGAUCUGCUGACAUCAUGACAAAAAAACUGGGUUAGCUUUGAACCGUUUUCUGGAUUUUCUCUCUCACGUGUUGUUUAUAUAGCCUGUUUGACGCAUUUGUUUGACCCCGAAGAAAUUAGAUGACAUCCUACAGGGUGUGUGUGAAUGUUGUUAAACAAAUGCAUAUGGAUAAUCAUGAUCGACCAAAUAUUUUAGUGAAAAGGGAAAGUUCACCCAAAAAUGAAAAAUUCCUUACUCUUUACUCACUUUACACUUAAUCAGUUUCUUUUCUUCAGUUGAACACAAAAGAAGACAUUUGGAAAUAGUGCUGGAAAAUAAAACAUAGGAGGAACUAAAAUACUGGGGAUGCUUUGCAACAUUCUUCAAAAUAUCUUCUUUUGUGUUCAACAGAAGAAACUAAAUAGUUUUAGAACAAGUGGAGAAUUAGGAAAUGUUUUUGGGUGAACUAUAGCCCUUUAUCACUGGGAAAGCAACACCUAAAUGACAAACUACACUGCAAAAAAAAAAGUAUAUAUAUAUUAGGGCUGUCUCGAUACUGGAAUUUGGUACUAGUCGAUACUAAAAUUUAAAAAACGUCUAUUGCUCGCUGUAAAUCCUUAUACUUGAGCGUUCUUAAACAGUGCUGAUUGGAUUGUGUUCAUGUGCUCAACAGAA